AUGGAUGUACACUUGCUGGUAUACGAUCUCUCUCGCGGAUUGGCUCGUGAAAUGUCCAGGGGCCUAUUAGGCCUCCAACUCGAUGCCAUAUACCACACCUCAAUUCAGCUGAAUGGCCGCGAAUACGUCUAUGAUGGCGGUAUCGUCGCCAUCACACCAGGCUCGUCUCACCUCGGUCAGCCAUUGGACAAGAUUCACCUCGGAACCACCAAUCUGCCCCUGGACAUAAUCGAGGAAUAUCUAGAUUCGUUACGCACUAUAUUCACAGUCGAGUCGUAUGAUCUGUUCCGUCAUAACUGCAACAAUUUCAGCGACUCGUUCGCCAACUUUCUUGUCGGCAAGGGCAUUCCCGGUCACAUCGUCAAUAUGCCACAGGCUGUAUUAGACUCACCCAUGGGCCGCAUGUUGGUGCCUCAAUUGACACAAGGAGUCAAUGCAGGCAGAUCAAAUGGAUCAAUUUUUGGCCUAGAGCAAAGUUCGCAGGUUUCCAGCACAGGGACCAGGUCCCCCCGAGUUGUGCUUGUUUCUAAACUAGACGAACUUAUGCGAGUGCUGGAUAGCGCAAAGGACUCAUGCGCCAUAGUGUUUUUCACAUCUGCCACUUGUGCACCAUGCAACAUGAUGUAUUCGCUGUAUGAUCAGCUGGCAGAAGAGUUUGGAAACCAAGCCACGUUUAUCAAGGUCGACAUCUCUCAACCGCAAUCCAUGAGUAUCUCGCAACAUUUCUCAGUCCGAGCGACCCCAACUUUCAUCACCAUGCUCAAAGGUAAGGAGGAGAAUAGAUGGAGCGGAGCUAAUAAAGCAGCUCUGCAGAGCAAGAUCCAGCUUCUUGUCCAAAUGGCGCACCCAUCUCAUCCACACGAGAGACUACGACUGCCCACCUUCCUCGACCCGAACUCUGGGCCUGUUCUCUAUUCUAAAGUGCCACCAAUGGCAAAACUGGAAGCAAGGAUGGGCCAUGUUGCCAAGAAACCACAGAUUCAGAAGCUCAAGUCCUUCUUGGAAGCACGAAGUAACUUGGGUCCUCGGGAUGCCGUUCUUCCCGACCUAGAGCAUCUGUCAGGCUUCAUUCGCGAGUCCGUUUCGCAGCUUGCUCCUGAGGUUCUGUUCGCAGUUAUUGACCUCUUUCGAUGCGCGCUGUCAGAUCCUCGCGUAAGCGCCUACUCCUCUGAAGAAGCAGAACACAAAACCAUCAAGAGCGUCUUGAAUCUCGUCAACAGCUCAGAGUCUUGUCCAUACGCCCUGCGACUAGUUACAAUUCAAAUGGCGUGUAAUAUGUUUUCAACGCCGUUGUUUGUGCACGAGGUGCUGCAGCAUGCUAGUCUCAGAUCUGCACUGGUACAACUAGUAACCUCUAGUUUCUUGGACGAUGCUCACAACAACAUACGAGUGGCGGCGUCAUCACUACUCUUCAACAUCGCCUUGGCCAGCCGCCGAGCAAGAGAUGGAGAUUCUAGCGGUGGCCUCCCCGAAGAGGACCAAGUUGAGUCGGCUGCCGCGUUGGUAGAAGCUAUCGCGCAAGAGGACAAGUCUGUCGAAGCACUGCAGGGCAUGCUGACUGCGUUGGGCCAUCUGUUCUUUGGCGUUGGCUUAGACGGCGAGCUUGCUGAUCUUUUAAGAGCAUUAGGUGCACAGGAAAUCAUAUUGGCAAAGAUAAAACUCUUCCCCAAUGAAAGGCUUAUAACAGAAGUGGGACAGGAGCUGCUAGGCAGGGGGUUACGGAAACCAUAA